AUGACCAACUUGUGAAAAUAUUACAAGAUGCUCGAAUUUGAGGGUGAGAAGGUGUUGGGCAAGAUGACUGCGGAGAAUUUAAGGAUGUAUUACAAAUUUCGUACGGAGCUAUUAAAGAUGGAAGCCAGCUCUCGCGAGUUCCGGGAGCAGAAUGAAAAGGAUGACCUGAGGUGGGAGCAGGAUAAGAAGGACGCAUUGAGCUGUUGCAGAACAGACCCGACCCCCUUCUCACUUCAGGACGCGGUUGAGGAGGAGGGGGAGGAGGAGGAGGUGACAGAAUUCACAAAAUCAGACAAAGAGGAGAUGGAGACGGAGGACAGGUUGUUUUCUGGAAAACGUAAAGGCUGGGAAUCCGCAUGGGGAUGCUGUGGUGAAUUUGAAGACAGUACCGCAGUGAGUCCUAUGCACUUUACACAUUGCACGCCGGGACUGAUCCCGUACGCCGCUCGCUCUGUGAGCACCUUGCAGAUCUACUCCUUAAAGAUUGUUGGAACAGAUGGAAAGUUGAAGUUACCACUCCAUGUGUAUGGUCUUGUUGCUGCCCGGGACACCAUGGACUACAACCGCAACAUUCUCUUCUUUAGGCGAAGGGAAGACUGUCAAAAACUCACUCCAGAGGAUCCAUUUUUGCACUUGACUGGCCCGUCCCAUGCCAUCGUGGCUGUGGACCAUGUUGACUUCGAAGUCCAACUGAAAGUAAAGGGUGCAACAAGGUCCAGCGACAGAGCAUUGAUCAGUCGUUGCUGCACUUAUGCUGGUGGUUAUCAUGAAGGUUUAGAUACCGCUCUCUUCAGCAACUGCUUUUGCACGGUAGAGUUAAGCUUGGAGCGACUCGCAAAGACAGUCCAGGCUACCAUCUUAAGUAUCCGUGUUGUUGAAGGCGGACCUUGGCCUUUUGAAUAUGGUGGUCGGAUUGUGUGCUCCUCACCACCACAGGAAGUUAUGGACUCCCUGGCCAGGCAAGUUGUGUUGGUUGAUUCUCGUUCUUCUGAUGGUGGAGAAAUGCCAAUGGGCACAGGUGGCUACCUUGAUCUGUCAAGGCAUGUUGUUUCUGUAGAACUGGAAGAAAGCCUGCAAUUUGUUAUACAAGCCUACUCGCAGUCUGGUGAUGCUAUUGCUAGACAAGGUCGUGUCAAGUUCAGGGCCGAAUAUUGCAACGUAAGUCGAGGUAUAUGUGAGAUUGGUGACUCUAAGGUGGAGAUUACUGUUGCUUGGUCCAAACUUGUUACCAAAAGGAUGGAUAUCCUCUUAGAAGGACAUGUUUGAUGGUUCUUGUGCGUUGGAGGUUAUGGACUACAGAACCCGUUACCCAAAUUUAUCUGUUUGUCCCUUGCAUGUGGUUUGCGAAACUGCAGAACUAUUUGUGUAUUGAUAUGUCCAACUAUCUGUGUAUCUGACUAUCUGUG